GGAUUUUUGAUAUAAAUAGGCGACGGACCCCGAACUCUGGCAUACACACUUGAAGCUUCGAAGGAUCAACAGUACAAAGUCUAACAGUACAACAUGUCUAAGUUCACUUGCUUGCUUCUGUGCGUCGUGGCUGUGAGCUUGAGCAAAGUUCACGCCACUGAAGAGGAGAAGGAAGCUAUCCGUGCGGCCGUGAGACCUAUUAUGGAAGCAUGCGGUAAGGAGCACGGAGUUACCCUGGAUGACCUGAAGGCCGCUAAGGCUGCUCACAGCGCUGACGGCAUCAAGCCCUGCUUCCAGAGCUGCGUCUACAAGAAAGCUGGAAUCUUCAACGACAACGGUGAAUACGACAUCGCCAAUGCUAAGACCAAGCUCCAGAAGUUCGUGACCAAUGAUGAGGAGUACGCCAGAAUCGCUGCCGUUGGCAAGACAUGCGCUUCAGUGAAUGACAAGCCUGUGACCGAUGGAGCUGCUGGUUGCGAUAGGGCUGCGCUGCUGACCGCUUGUUUCUUGGAACACAGGGCUCAGGUGUUGGGCUACGAAUCAUGGCAUACAGACUUCAGGUUUCAGAGGAUUAGGAGUGCAUUGAAACAAUACAACAUGUCUAAGUUUACUUUUUUCGCUUUGUGUGUUGUGGCUGUAAGCUUGACCAAGGUUCAUGCCAGUGAUGAAGAUAAAGCCAAGCUCCACGAAGCUCUCAAGCCUCUUGUAGAGGAGUGCAUGAAGGACCAUGAAGUUAGUCUUGAUGACCUGAAAGCUGCCAAGGAGGCAAAAAGCGCAGACGGAGUCAAGCCCUGCUUCUUAGCUUGCGUGUACAAGAAAGCUGAAGUUCUUAAUGACAAAGGCGAAUUCGAUGCGGACCACGCUCUAGAAAAAUUGAAGGAGUUCGUGAGUGAUGAAGACGUUUUAGCAAAGGUCGCUGAAGUUGGAAAUACUUGCAAAGCAGUGAAUGAGAAGGCCGUGAGUGACGGAGACGCUGGUUGCGAGAGGGCCGCACUACUGACGGCAUGCUUCUUGGAGCACAAAGCUGAGGUGAAACCCAUUAGGCCAUUAUUAUUCCCUUGGGGACAUCACCACCACCAUCACUAAACCCUGCAAAUGGCUGCAGUGUUGAUGCAA